CACGGAUCCAAACGUGAUCAAUCCUCACCACAAACAGGUCCAAAAAACAAGAAAGCAAGCGCAAUCAUUCUUCUCCUUCAUCUCUCGAGUGGUACCGUGUUAGGCUACGGUAUCAAUUCAUGCAAUAAAUAAUGAGAAACCUUGCUUUAGUUGGAGAGUCUCGACGGGAGAUUGAGUUGCCAGAGUUGGCUCCUCCUGGUCCCAACGGUCGCCAUGCCGUGGAUAUUUUCCAGACCGUGUCGGAUGGGUUUUCCGAUGGUUCCAGCAGUUUUGUCUUGACCAACGAUGGCUUUUUGCUCAAAGUACAUAAUAAUAACAACAAUGAUAACAAUAAACCCGAAUGGAUUGCGCCUCUGGAUCAAUUGUGUGAAAAUCCCGGUGGAGAGUGGUUCGAUCUUUCCUAUGUCGAUUCCGGAAAUGAACUCUUGCUGGUCUGUCUUUCCCACAAUGGCGCCAUUGUCACGGUCGAUCCCACCAGUGGACAAGCCGAGUUGGUGGGGGAAUUUGAACAUGGGUUGCAAACGGGAGCCUUUUCUCCCGAUGGUGAAUUGCUGUGUCUCUUGACUUUUUCGGAACCAGAAGAAGAAGAAACUACGAAACGAAAUUCGGCACUCUUAUUGAUGAAUGCUCAGUGGGAUGUCCUGGCCGAAGUCAACAUUCCAGCUCAUAUUCCCUCCGAAC